UCUGCAUUCCUCGGAGGGGACAUGUACACUGAUCAUCAGGGCACUGAUGAUCAGUGUGCCCUGAUGAUCAGUGUAGCCCCAGCAGUGCCACCUGUCAGUGUCCACCAAUGCCAGCUGUCAGUGCUCAUCAGUGCAAUGUGCCAGUGCCCAUCAGUGCCACAUCAAUGCCACAUAUCAGUGCCUACCAGUGCACAUCAAUGCAACAUAUCAGUGCCCAUCUGAGCUGACUUUCAGUGUCACCUAUCAGUGCCAGUCAGUGCUACCUAUCAAUGACAAUCAGUGCCACCUAUCAGUGCUGCCAAUCAGUGCCACCUAUCAGUGUCAGUCAGUGCCGCCUAUCAGUGCCUUUCAGUGCUGUCUAUCAGUGCACAUCAGUGCCACCUAUCCGUGCCCAUCAUGCUGCCUAUCAGUGCCACCUAACAGUGCCAUCAGUGCCUCCUAUCAGUGCCAGUCAGUACCGCCUAUCAGUGCCACCUAUCAGU